ACAAUCUUAUAUGAGCUCUAAAUGAGAAGCGUGCAAUUUUAUUCUUUAUAAUGAUCUGUUUAAAAAAAAAAAAACUUAACGGCUUAGUUUUAAUUAUUGAUGGACAUUUUUUUUUGUGCAUCCCCCGAGACAAAUAAGCUGCCUUUUUUUAUGUCAAGCAAAAGAACUUUCCACCACUUGUCUAAACUAGUUGUUUCUAAAAGUGGACACCAGGCUCAGUUUACAAAAAGAUACUAUGCAGCUCGACCAAAAAAGAUAGAAGCCUCUAUGGGUGGUAUUUUUGAGCCUUUCCUCAAAGAUAACCUUAAUAAAAAAGUAUCCAACGAGGAACCCGAGGUUUUGUCUGCAAAAGAGCUAUUAUCCAACGUCACUACAAAAGACUUAUUGCCUGACGAUGACUUACUCAAGUUAUCAAUCGAACACAAGCAGACUUCUUUAUCAGUAGACACACAAAAACAGCUCGCAACACUUGUUCUUGACAUUAUCAAACAUGACAAGCAUGACACAGAAAAAAUGAUGACAUUGGUCAAUAACAAAACCUCUGAACUUACAGCAUUUGGAAAUAUCUUAUUGAGAACUUCAAAAUAUGGAGCGCCACUUGCUCUCGAACUCUAUAGAAAUGCAAUGGAAAAGGGAGACGAUCGAGGCGCAUUCAGUUAUGCCAAUAUGGUUUAUCGAGGCUACCAAGGAACACCUAAAAAUGAAGACGAAGGCAUCAAGAUCAUGUCUCGAUUAGCUCAAAAGGGACAUCCUUAUGCCCAAAUGAAUCUUGCAGCUAUUCUGAUGCGUACAAGUCCUGAUCGUGUGGACACUGCAAUCAAAUUAUACGAGCUUGCAGGACAAGCUGGUCUGGACAAUGCGUUUACUGAAUUAGGUCGUAUGUACCGUUUAGGUUAUGGCGUACAUCAAGACCAUAAAAAAGCAAUUGAUUAUUUUCAAAAAGGGGCACAAAAGGGCAAUGCUCAGUGCCAUUUUAUGUUAGGCGUCUAUUGCUCUUCUGGACUUGCUAAUGAUCAACGAGAACCAGAUCAAAAAGCAGCAUUUAAGCACUUUCAAAAGGCAGCUGUCAAGGGUAUGGCAGAAGCUCAAUACAAUGUAGGUCUUCGGUUCUUGAAAGGACAUGGUGUAGAAGCCAAUAGUUAUAAUGCAGUGGAAUUCUUUCGAAUGGCUGCUUCACAGGGAUUUCAACUCGCACAAAUUAAUUUAGCUGGAAUGUAUUCUGAGGGCAGAGGCGUCAAGCCAGAUUUAGGUGAAGCUAAAAAAUGGCUGGAAAAAGCAGCCAAAAUGGGUGGAUCUAUUGGCAAAGAUGCACAAAAGAGGAUAGAACAAUUGGAUGAAAUUCAAGGAAAAAAGAAAAAUGACAAAUGUACUAUUAUGUAAAAUAAAGUUUUAUCAGAG